CUCCAUAGAACCAUAGACGCUCUCUUCCUCUCUGUCCCUACGUCCCUUCACUCAUUUCCUAACUUAUUUUUUUGGAGAGACCCGUUUACAAUCGUCAGAAAAAGAAACAUAUAUUUAUAGAUUCCAAAUUCCAAUCAACAAGAAUAGAACAACGGAAAUGCUUGCGACCCUACAUCCGGGUUUUUGGAGCAAGCUGUCUAUUUUCUUUGCCCUCCAGGUAAUCCUAAUAGCUCAAGCAACUGAAUCUGAACAACCAUCCUUGGAGAAGCGUGGCUUCGGGUUCGGUCCCGCGGCAGCAGCCGGAGCGGGCAGCAGUAGCGACAAACCUCACGGACCCCCAAAGGACCCAUCGGAUACUCUACCUGAGCAUUGCAAGCUUAAACCGCUGACUCCGCAAACUUGGGCUACCCUCCAACUGGAUAACUAUCUUGAGAAAUACCCAGGUGGUGCUAACAUGACUCUGUCGCAAUACGCCGCUUCACAAGGAGUCCCUAACUUUCAAUGCGGCAUAGGAAACACAUGUGAUGCCGGACAGCCUUGUUAUCCAGUCGCCCCUCCGGAUUGGUACAUCUUGUUUGCUGUCCAACAGUGGAACGUCAAAAUGAAUACCAUGCGGUCCGCGAUCGCUUACGCCAUGAAUUUUGUGAAAUCAACGAUGGCCACCUUAUUUGCAGCCUUAGUUCCGGCCAUCGACACCUACCAGCUGGACCGGAUGAAGUUGAACUUUGGGGUGAACGGAGCAAUGACGAUGUGCUCGAACACCGUCCUGCUCGACCUCUUCAGUCUCUUCCACAACUUUCAGGACGCCACCGGAGACGCCUUUAACAUCAUCAACAACAUCAUGGGCGCGGCUAUGUCUAUCGCCGGUGGAUUGAUCCCUUCUCCCGAUCCACCGGAGGGCCGUCAACGCGAGGGAUUUAACUUGUGGGCACACUUAGAGAAGCAGAUGACUGGAUAUGAGGAGCUCCUGACGACCAAACUUUCCAACGAGACUUCGAUUGUCGAGACGUCAGGAAUCAGUACCGAAAAAGGGAUCUAUGGCCAGCUUCGGAACGGAAACUACAUCAAGCCGAUUCAGUCGAUCUUCCUGCCGAUCGUCGAGGACGACAUCAAAAAUGUCACCAUCGCCAUAUCCCUAGUCAAGAUCUUGAGGACCCUGGACGCUUUUGUGACCAUCGGCCAGGAGGUCUGCAAUAAAGACGGAAAGGAUGGAGCAUUUGAAGGUGACAAUGUACUAUCGUACUGCGACCGGCAGGGCACUAUGUUCAACAUUAUUCGAGUUAAAGAAAAGAAAGAAAGUAUGGAGUUCUCAAACGCUUGGGCCAUCGAGAACCGGUUCGGAUACUCGACUCAACUCCUGACAAACGCCUCUUGGACUUGCCAACAAAAAUACGGAGGAUUCGAGCCGUUUCCAUAUAAAAACCUGACUUUACCUCGGGAUGUCUUAGCAGACUGUAUCAUCAAUCUGCCCGUGUGUGACUGUCGUGAUCCCAAAAUCAAGAAACAAAUUCGCAAACAUGGCGUCGUCGAAGCGUGUCGGAGGGCCGGUCUACCCAUCUGAUCUGUUCCUCGCCAACUUUGACACCUCUGCAUCCAUUUCAUUUUCCCGAUUUGUUUUUCACCUUCUUCUCUUUUUAUUUAAUUUGGAUGGGUGUAUUUAUCUGGUUUUCAGGAAUUUGGGACAAAAUCCACAAAAUAUACAUGCACAUCUAUCAUUUGAAUUGAAAAGGUCCAUUAAGAGACCCUAUAACAGAAUCAUAGGCCCGAAGCCAGAUUGAAAGGACUUUACUCUGGCUUUCAAAUGUGAAUUGAUUU